AUCAAACGGACAGAGAAAGGUAUUAGCGUAAAUCCAUUCCUUAUCUUGAAACGAAUUCCGGCAAAGCACAACCGCUCGCCCAUUCCACAACAAGAACACAUCCUUCUGUUUUCCAAAAACAAAAACAGAAAAACACGCACGGUACAAUGGAGAGCGCUCUCUUAUCAUCUCCUCGAUUUCUCCCUUCACAGAAUAGAGAAUUGGGUGGACUACUAGGAAGUUUUCAGAGCUCAUAUUAUGGAAAAGUGGAAUUCCAUAGCAGAAGUUUUGGGGGAAGAGAUGUCAGUAUGCGCCGAAGCGGCAACCGCAUAGUAGCUUCAGUGCUUGGUAAGAAGGUCACGAAAGACACUGUGAUUCCCGAUCCAGAUUAUCGGAUACCAAUUGUCCUACUUGGUUUUGCUGGUGGCUUAGUUUACACUAACAAUAUACUACCAGCAGCUCCAGUUGGUCUUCUUGGGUUGCUCCUAUUGUUCCAGACGACUAGGGUGAGAUUUGUCUUCGAUGGUGAAGCCCUGGAGGUAAAAAUAGGAGACCAGCUUGAGGAAUCGGAGGAGAACGUUUUUGUGGGUGGAAAAAACCGGUGGAAAUACUCAACAUUUGUAAAUUGGGAGCUUUGGUGGCCAAAUUUUCCAAUUCUGGUGUAUUUUAAGGAGACACAAACAAAGCCAGAAGGACAAGUGCAUUUUUUCCCAGUAAUUUUUAAUGGGAAGCAACUUUAUGAUGUUAUGGUAGAACGAGCCGGCCCUUCAAAAAAUAGCGGUCCAAAGCAGUCAUAAGAGCUCCACGGUAACUUCUAACCUUCCGAUGCUAUCUGAGACAGCACCAUGAGUUGCAGGUAAAAGAGGUUUUUCUGUCAGCUGCGUGACACCGCAUAUAGAACAUACUGCAUAUACUUACUAAGUGUGUACAGCUUUGAGUAUUCAUCAGACUUUCAACACGACUGUUUAGAAGGAACAUUGUAGCUUCUUCAUAUACUGUACUGAACAAAUCCGGAAUAAUCAAUUCCAAUUUAAGUAUGCAAUCAGGAGGAGAAUUUUGAAUA